GUAGAAAGAGUUGAUGGGCUCCAGGGCUUGAUGCAAAUAUUCAAACAGGGAAGGCUGAGGUCCUCGAAUUUUGUCACCGACGCUGCCGGGGAUGCAUGGCUUCGGAACAGUCCAUCACGUUCCCGUCACUUUACUGAACAUAUCACACUCUACGGCUGUCCUUACAAGUCCGGAUACCGCUCAACCGCCAGCUGGCCUAAGGGAGACCAAAGUUCCCCGUGCUUGUCAUGAUCAACCGGUUGCUGUAGAGGCAGCAAGGACCUGAAGUGAGGCCGCGGAUGGCCAGUCGCCCGUCUUUCUGGGCCUCAGCUCACUUUCGUCUGCUCGACUUGCCGGCGGAGAUUCGCGAGUACAUCUUCGAGUUCGCCCUGGUGUCGGAAAAGCCGGUCGUCACCUUUCGCCUGGAUAACUAUCAACGCGAAAGCUAUCGAGAAGCCACCCAGCCAGCAUUGACUCGCGUCAGCCGGCAGAUUCGACAAGAAAGUCUGCAAGUCUUCUAUCGCGUCAACUGUUUGAUCUUUCACACCGAGGAGCCGAGAUUCCAUGAGAGCCUCAAGUGGGCGAGACAGCAUGAGCGAAUGCUGGCCAAGAUGCUGCGCAUGUCUUUUUGGGUUCGGCAUGUCACCCUGACCAACGACCGCGACGCCUCGAAUGGCGCCAUGUGCAUAUCAUUGGGGCGAGGCCAUGCAGAGGGAGAGUGGAGUGUGGACGAGGCGUGGCAGUGGAUUACGGUUACGAGAAAGCCAGCCGCCAUACAAAGCGAUGUCGGCUUCAUCUUCACCACGCUGCGUGCUCUCCUCCGCGACGACCCGGCUUGUCUACGCGGCGCGGAUGGGAUGUCGGCGCUGAUCAAGGAUCUAAGGUCGAUGUAUAUCAAAGAGAAGAUGUCAUAGUUCAAGUAGUCGUCAGUCGGCAAGCUUCACGAACAACGGUCAACCGGCAGAGACGCGUAUGAGCUGCCUAACGUGUGGCGGGGUUGCAUGUAGACCUCGACAAGUGUUCCAGCCAGAGACCGAGCAAACGUUUCCACACGCCGUCCUCAUCAUUGUGGUGCAGCGAGGACGUUUUUCCGAAAUGGAGUACAUGGGUACCUCAGCCCCGCC